AUAGGGACUCAGCACUAUUUCCGCCCUCCACACACACUAGGCGCAAAUAACAAGGUUAUUGUGUUUCGGGUGUAUUUCAAUCUUGCGUUGACUGUUUUCUAGUCAAGAUGGCGUCGGCGCCGUUCCGCGUUGUUUGCCUGGCUGUUCUCAUGGCCUCUAUCCGACACUGCGCCACCUCUGAGAUAAGUGACACUUUGAUAAAGACGGAUUUCUCGAUCACAAUCCCCAAAGAGGGACUUCAGGCGAACGUUGAGAAAAUCUUUCACCUCGGGCCAUCUCAGACUCUAGGUGUGUUCGACUUCUCCAACAGUGCGAGUUACUUGCCGGCAAGCCCCGCCACCGAGACCGGAAAAAGGUCGUCGGAUCAGGUCGGCAGCAGUGCUUUUGCGUUUGAGAACGGUAAGUGCAACUUCGACAGAGUCAUCGGGUACAACCAACUCUUCCCCGGAUACGAGACACCCCUGCGGGUUCGUGCUUCCUCUUCAGCGAACUCGGACGGGGUCGAUUCGACACAGGUGACGACGUACAUGUUUACGAAUCCUCCAGAAGAGAAGUUGUAUGGAAGGGUUAGUUUUUGUGUUCGCUUCAAAACAGUUAGACCGCCUACAGGCUCGGAGGGAAGUUCGACGUCAACCACGAAGCCGACCACUGUAGCGCCUCAACUGGAAACUGAAGAGCCGGCGGAACAACAUGAGGCGGAGGGCGAGAGCACAGACCCGGUGACGCCUGGUAGCACACCUACACCACCCUCUGCCGAGCCCGAGCAAGAGGGGAACCAAGCGGAUGGAGGCGCCGACACCCACCGCCCAGGAAACGGCGGGACCGGCCAAGAGUCUCCAGACGGCGAAGAUCAUGAGAACCCUGCCGCCGGCAAACCCCAACCUGAAGUUGAAUCACAACACAAACAGCAGAAUGAUGUUGUCGAAGACCUGCAGAAUGCGGACAACAGCUCCCAAACGUCGCCCUCUGGCGGUAGCAGUUCAGGUAAUCCACACGGCAAUGUCGAGAUUCCAGGCACACCUGGAUCCGGAGUCGUGAGAGGAGAAGCUUCAGAGCAACACGAUCAUGGAGAUUCCAGAUUGCAAACAGACAAAGAGACUCUGGGAAACGACAAGGGAUCGCUCGAGGCCGAGGAACCUUCCGCAGCUGUGUCACCAGUUCCCACUGAGGCUGAUGUUCAUCAUGGUGAUAACGUACACUCGCGAAGGCUGGCAGAACAAGACGAGACAGAAGACACCGUCUAUUUAACGGUUGUACUGCACUCUGCUGCUCGGUCCUUCACCACUGUCACGGCUUUACUCUUGGCUGCUUUGUCUGUCAUGGCAACUGCCCUGCUGGAUGCCUUUUAGGUGGGGGGAUCUGCAGUGUCGGGUCGGUGUGCGCGGCUCCUGACGGACAGAAAACACACGUGAAACAACGGAGACAGGUUUCGAAACGGACGAAGGGAAUGG